AUGGACAAGCUAGCUCGCUUGUAUAUCGACAAUGUUGUUCGUCUAUAUGGAGUUCCAAUUAGCAUUAUCUCUGACUGUGAUUCCAGGUUUACAUCUAAGUUCUGGGGUGGAUUCCAAAAGGCAAUGGGCAGCUGGGAUGAGCAUAUCUCACUCAUUGAGUUUGCUUCUAACAACAAUUACCAAACCACUAUUGGUAUGGCACCGUUCGAAGCUCAGUACGGGAAGAAGAGUCGAACACCUCUAUACUGGGAUGAGGUGGGUGAACGUCGUAUCCUUGGCCCUGAAUUGAUCCAGGUAACGAGUAAGAAGGUGGAUUUGAUUUGUGAGCGAAUCAAGGCAGCCCAAUCUAGACAGAAGGGUUAUGCGGAUCAAUGUCGAAAGGAUCUGGAGUUUACUAUCGGCGACAAGAUCCUUGCAAAGAUCAAGUCGGUGGGUUAUCAGCUGGACCUAACUCCAUCCUUGGAUGGUGUGCAUGAUGUCUUCCACGUUUCCAUGUUGCGGAUGUACGUUCACGACCCGAGCCAUGUUCUAUCUCAGGAACCACAUGAGCUCAUAGCUAUUAUGUCCUAUAAGGAGCAGCCCGAGAAGAUUCUGGAUAGUAAGAUUGUUAACUUUUGCAACCGACCUAUCUACUAUGUGAAGGUGAAGUGGUGCAAUCAUCCAGAAGAAGAGGCAUCUUGGGAGGUAGAAGUGGAGAUGCGGGCGAAGUACCCUUCCCUGGGUUACUUACAAGAUGACGGUUAUCUUGCUAGUCUUAAGGUUAAGGCCUCGAGUUAUGAUGAUGUAGGUGCUACGGAUCCAGAGACUGUGACUAAGGAGCAUGGUGAUGGAUGCCCUUACGAUGACUGUGCCUACAGGCCAUAG